CGCUUUUGGGGUCGGGGGGCACCAGGGGACGGCGGCGUCCCCACGCAGCUGAGGGAGCAGCAGAAGGAGCUGGAGGCGGCCAUGAACUCCAUCUUCAGGGGGGUCUUCGUGCAUCGCUACAGGGACGUGGUGCCGGACAUCAGAGCCGCCUGCAUGGAGGAGCUGGGGGUGUGGAUGCGCGGCUUCCCGGCGUCGUUCCUCAGCGAUGGGCACCUGAAGUACCUGGGGUGGAACCUGCACGACAAGGAGCCGUUGGUGCGGCUGCGCUGCGUGCGGUCGCUGCGCGCUCUGUACGCCCUGCCUGACACUGCGGCGCAGAUGGAGCUUUUCACCGGGCGCUUCAAAGAUCGCCUGCUGGCCAUGGUGUUGGAUAAGGACCCCAAAGUGGGGGUGGAAGUUGUGGGGCUGCUGACCGAGAUGUUGGGGACGCUCCCCGAGGCGCUGCCCCCAUCGGAGCGGCACCGCGUUUACCCGGCGCUGUUCGGGUCGCACCGCGCCUUGGCGGCCGCGGCCGGGCUCUUCCUGCUCCGCAGCCUGCUGCAGCCCCGCCAUGAUGCUGACAACCAGGCCUUCCUCCUCGCCCUGCUGGACUUCUUCAUCAGCAGCCAGCUCCAUGCGCACAGCGCCUACCUGGUGGACAGCCUGUGGGACUGCGCCGGGGAGCGGCUGCGCGACUGGGAUGGGAUCUGCGCCAUCCUGCUCAGCGACGCCCUCACUGACCAACAAGAGAAGGUCCUCCUGGAGCUGCUGGCCGCCACCGCCACGCGGGUGACGCAGGGACAGCCCCCCCCGGGACGGAGGAACCCCCGGAAGCCGCAGCCCCGCACGCAGCCGGAGGAGCGCACGAGGCUCAGCCACUGCAUGGCACCCGUCCUGCCACGGCUGCUGGCCAAGUUCUCGGUGGACGCACAGAAGGUGCUGGCGCUGCUGGAGCUGCUGGGCUGCAUGGAGCUCAGGGUGUUCUGCGCCGCGAGGAUGGAGCGGGCCCUGUCCCAGUCGCUGGCGCAGCUGCAGGAGCUGCUGCACAAACACACGGGGCCGGAAGUUCUGAGGGCGGCCGCCCGGGCUUUGGGCGCCUUCUGCGAUCCGGAACUUCCGCUCUCGGGGCGGGGCGAUUUGGUGCGGAGCCAAUUGGUGGACGGGCUGAGCCGGAAGUGGGAGCGGGACUUCCGGGAGCUGCUGGGGCCGCAGUCCGCAUCCCUGGAUGAGGAGGAGCUGUUCAACAUGGCCGCCACCCUGCGGCGCCUGGCCGCCAUCUUUGCCUCCCACAACCUGACCCCAUGGCGUCUCCUCCCACGUCUCCUCCUCCUCCUCCAGCGCUCGGCCGACACGGGCGAGGUGCCCCCUCAGGUUGUUGUCCCCGCCAUCACCUGCGCCCAGCUGCACCUCCUAUGGCAGCUCUCACAGCUCCGCGCCGGCGCCGCCACCGAGGAGGAGCUGCAGUCCCUGCGGGGCACCAUGAGCUCCUUCUGUGCGCUGUGUCAGAGCGCGCUGAGCGACGGCGACGGAGCUGUGAGGGAGGAGGCCUUUGUGGCUCUCAGCGACCUGCUGCUGGUGCUGGGCCGCGCGGUGACACGCGGUGACGCGGCUCUCCUGUCCCCUCUGCGCAUCGUCCCCGACGCGGCGCUGCGGGCGCAGCUGGCGGCCUUCCUGCUGGACCACGUCUUCACCCACAGCGCCGGUGUGUGUCCCCAACGUGUCCCCAACGUGUCCCCAGGGUGUCCCCAACGUGUCCCCAAAGCGUCCCCAACAUAUCCCCAAG